CGCCCCCUUGGUCUAAUAGUCUUCCAUGCUCGUCAACUCAUGUUGACUCUAUUUCUAAACACUUAAGUUGACAUGCACCUCAAAGUGCCUUUUUAAUUAUAUUUGAUUGUGCGAACUAACAUUCUAAGGAUGCUUUUUGAAAUUAUUAAAGUAAUUACCACCACCAAGUCGUUGUUGCCCAUCAGUUGGCGGUCUUUGCGGUUAUCGGUCCUUGGGGAUUUAUUCUUGCGAAGACAAAGGAUUAAAAUCGUCUAUGACAUUCACGUAUUCUUCUAGCGUUCAUACAACGAUUGGGAAAUACAAGCCCGCCGUAUUUGUUUGUAUUUUGACUUAGAAGCUACAGUGAUAUUGGGUUGAUAGAGCUAUAUGUGCGCGUGGUAACGCCUAAAGGACCAAUUAACACUAAUAAUAUAAGGAUGUUUCUCAGGAUGAUUCAUAAAUGGACGGAUUGCUUUCCUAAUGUUACAUGCGAGAAAUCGAUUUGAGGAAUUGAGUUUCACGAGUCAAGAAUGCUAUUGGAGUCGACGAGGAGUURAGUCCAAGGCAGAAUUGUCAGCCAAGCCAACAACCAGAAACUAAGGAUURGUGAUUAUAACGACGAACAGCAAGAAUACAACUGAACAAGAACAACCGUGAAGAAAGAACUGCAAAAACUAUAAACUAACGUGCGACUUUCAGCCACAUCGAAAAGACAUGGACAACUUAACCAUAUCAGGUAACGUGACUGCCCCAAGCUGCACCAAGCCGAUUGAUACAACGGUCCAAGUGGUUCUUACCAUAGGAUAUGCUAUCAUAUUCCCUGUAGCUUUGCUAGGUAACUCACUAGUCUUAUAUGUGGUCUACAGACAUCAGAGUCUCCGCAACGCCCUUAACUACUUGAUCGUAAACAUGGCCAUUGCAGAUCUGCUAGUGACCAUCUUAAUCAUGCCCUAUUCUACUGCAUAUUUAUUUAUACAAAAUCUUUGGUUCAGUGGUGUAUUUGGGGACAUUUUGUGCAGAUUGGUGCACUUUUCACUGACAGCUUCCAUAGGCGCGUCUAUUUUCACUCUAGUUACAAUGACUGUUGAUCGAUUURUAUCGAUCGUGUUCGUCUGGAGAAAAUCGCUAACUCUUGGAUCAUCCAAACUCGUSUUGGUAUUGAUAUGGGUUCUUUCGUUCGUCAUGUUCGGGUUUAAUUUGCGWGUCUACCGAGUCGACUUCAUCUUCGGAGCUUUCCGAUGUUAUCCRAGUUUCAUCGGCUUCCCGCCGGARUUCCCGAAGAUUUCCGCUAUUUGUUUCUUUGUGUUCCUGUAUGCUAUUCCACUACUGUUGAUGGCAGUUCUUUACUCUAUUAUAUGUUACAAGCUAUUUAAGCAGAAAAUGGCGGGAGGAGACCGUGAGAUUGACAAGAAGAAGAAACGUGUGAUCAAUAUGCUAAUUACUUGUACAGUAUUCUUUGCACUUUGUUGGCUUCCAUUACAUAUCUUGCAUUAUUACAUAUACUUCAAUAUGAAGACAUAUAAAUGUUUUCCACCCUUGUUUAUCCUGGGGGGUUUCUGGCUGGGACAUGCCAACAGUGCCGUGAACCCGUGCUUAUACGUUAUUUUUAAYAAAACAUUUCGGAUGGCGUUCCUCAAGGCACUACACUUGACCAGCUUUGACAGCAACAAUUGGCAUCCAGGAACAACGAACGUUACGCGCGUACAACGCACRGGAAUGCAGAGUUUAUAUGUGGAAGAUGAAGAAGAGAAUAAGUUAAAUCUGGCACAACGUUUUUCAAAGCGAUUCCGCGCUUCCUUUGCUAAAGCCUACGCGAAAAUCAGGAGUGCAAGCGACGAGGAUUCAAAUGAGCUGGUCGACAAAAGAAAGUCAGUCGUUGUAGUGUCUGAGCGGAUGACGAGCUUGUGAAAACGUUAAAAGUACGUGAGCAUGAAAUAAAAGUUCAACGGGUAAACGCAUCAUCAUGACACCUACACUGUGAACAUGAUACCAACGAAAGCGUAUGAAUAUACGUAUACAUAUUGCACCGUGAAGCGUAAACGUGACAGUAACCUAACGUGCAAUCGUAAUGGGGAUAACAGCAUAACGUAAACGUUGUGAUAACGAUGGCGUAAGGCGUAAACGUUAACGAUAGCGUGGCGUAAUGGCGUUCAUGCCUACAACAGACCUACAAUAUAUAACGCUUACACGAGAUAAAAAUGUUAGUUCAAAGAAUAAACGUAACGAUAUUCCGUAAACGAAGGGCGGAGGCAUAGCGUACGUACCCAUCGAGCUGAUAUAAACAACGGGUCUUUCAAGCUACACUAAAUAGAGAAGGUACGCCUAAAUCAAGAAGUGUUUAUCRUAAGAUCUGCUAACGAAAAUCGUCCAGCUAAGCGUAAAUAUCGCGAACGGAAACGUUAAAAMUACAAGUGGAUGAUACUAGAGCAUUCGAUAAAGCACUUAAAAACGACACAAAAGUAUAAAAUAUGAUACUAUACAACUUAUUAAUUAUUGAUCAUGAAUAUCUCGUAUAUACUGUUCUAUGAAGCUAAAUAUCGCUAUAGAAAAAUUAUAUAUGUAUGUAUUUAAGGCAACACUUAGAGUACGUUGCCUGAGGUCAGUUGUUUCGCGUGUUAAGAUUAAGCGAAAUCGUAGACAACAACUUAGACACUUCGACGCUAAGAUGGAGAAUAUAAAAUGAUGCGAAAGCAGGAACGAAUGACGUCAUAUUCUACGUCAUUAGACGUAAUAUUGACACGACGUCAAUAAAUGUUAUAGAUACUAGCUCCAUACACUAGAGAACUAUGGGCCGGUCAUUAUUAGACGUAGCUAGCGUUGCAUACGGAAAUAAUUCUCCAUGGGAUCGAUUUACGAAGGGAAUUCCGUAAGCAACGUAAGCUUUAUAUAACUCACUGUAAAUUAAAAUGCUGCGUAUAGAACCAARUCACAUUAGAGGAAUUCUAGAAAUAAUAAAAUGUACA